UCAGUGUGCUCCUCCAGCUUUCACUCUUUAGCUCUCUUUUUCUAUCAACAUUGCAUUAUGUCAAUUAUUUUCCUCUGAAAUUAAUAAUUGACAACAGCUAGCUUCUUCUUCGUUUCUGCAAAUUCCAAUCAUACUUUUAGUUUCUUAUUGUUUAUUUUACUACUUUACCAUCGAAACCAACUUGAAAAAGCUUAAAAGCAAACCACCUGUAUUUUCCCUCUGGAAGCUGGAAAAGUUAUGGCAGAGAAGACUGGAGCAGAAAAACUGGACGACAUAGAAACAGGAAACACAGAGACGGAUUCUUGUUCAAUGAAUAUUGAGAUUCCGAAGGCAAGUGCUUCAACACCAACAGAGCCUCCAACAUCAGCAACUCCUCAUGAGAAUCCAGUCAGAAAGGAGUCUGCAAAUACCAAAAAAAGUAAGAAGUGGGAAACAUUAGAGGUUAUUCUGGCGACUGUUGCUGUGUCUGUGUUUGGUGUGAUUUCCUUGGUUUGUUCUAUCGUUUAUAAGAUUGUUGCUCCUACGAAGUUCACAAUUUGGGUGUUACUAGAGUGGAUUGCAUUGUUUUGCUUUACUGGAUUUUUGUUUGCUAUUCUAUCUUCCUACAAGCUGCAAAACGAUUUGAUUUGGGAGUUUGAAUUGUGGAAAUGGUGUGUAAUGAUAAUGGUUCUUGUGUGUGGUAGAAUGGUUUCUGAGUGGAUAGUAAAUGCUGUUUUUUUGUUGACUGGCUGGCUGUUUGCUGACAAAAUAAAGGUUUACUAUUUUGUUUAUGGAUUGAAGAAGAAGCAUGGUGUUUUUGUUUGGUGGGGUUUGGUUCUUUUAGCCUGGCUUUUGUUGGUUGAUGAAAAUGAAGGAGAGCGAGCUGGGAGAUGGAGAUUGAAGGAAACCAGGGACAUCCUGGUUUUUAUUACCAGGGUUAUUGUUUCACUUUUCAUUGGGGCUGGUUUAUGGCUGGCGAAGGAUCUUUUGGUCUGGUCAAUUGCUCGUUCUUUCCAAACGGAAAAAUUGUUUGACAGGAUUAUGAACGCAAAGUUUCAUCAACAUGUAAUUAAGCUUCUCUUAGAAGUUCCAUGGUAUAUGAGAAUGGGGAUGAGAAGAUCUGGCCGCCACCGCUUGUUCAAUUGGGCAGAGGAAAUCAGAAAGGGAAAAAAAUCAGCCAUCUCAAUAAAAACAUUUAUUGAUGUCAUAAGCAGUCAUGAUGAUAAGCUCAAACUUGAGGGCAAGGAUGCAGAGAGCAUUACUAAUGAAAUUUUUAAAAACAGGAGAGCAAUGGAAGAGUUGGAAAAGAUUGUAACCGGGAUGGUCCUUGUUGUGAUAAUCCUUGUGUGGUUAGUUAUGUUGAAAGUCUUAACGACUCAAGCAGUUAUUGUGAUUUUAACUCAAUUUUUCGUUCUGGCAUUCAUGUUUGGUGAGACUUGCAAGAGAAUAUUUGAAGGCGUUGUGUUUUUGUUUGCCACACGCCCAUUUGGAAUAGGCGAUCGUUGUGUUAUAGAAGAUGGAGAUGAGAUGUUUGUGAAAGAGAUUAAUAUUCAAACAACCGUGUUUUCGAGGGAUCCUGUUGGCCUCAAAGAUGAUGAUGAUGAUAAGGCGAGAAUUGUGUAUCCAAAUUCAGUUUUAUCUGGAAAAUACAUUCGCAAUUUUCAAAAGAUUCCAGCCCCUCCAAAACUUAGUUUGACUGAGUCUGCAGAGUUUGUUGUUGAUGCUUCUACCUCCAUAAAGCAGAUUCAAGAUCUCAAGGCCAGAAUAGAAAGCGACAUGAAGACAAUGGAAUGGAUAAAAGACAUCAGCGUCCGUGCUAAUGGCUUUGAAAAUGGAGACAAGAUAAAAAUGACUGUCAAUGUUACUUACAAACACCUUGGCACCAAGGAUGAAAGAAACGACUGGAAAUCUGAAAUGAUAUUGGGCCUGAAGCAAAUUCUUGAAGACAUGGGUAUUUCUAAAUUUACACCUCAAGUUGAACCACCACCUGUACCUGCGUUUUAAUGAUGACAGUCUCUGAGCUUACCCAUAUCUCUAAUUUCUACAUGAUAGAGGAGUGCCUAAGGUCAUGCUACAGCACAGCAUCCUGAUUUGGAGUCCCUGUUUUGGCAUGGAAAGAGGCAGUAUAGGCAGCGGCGGAAGCCAGAAAUUUUAGUCGAGGUUGGCUUUUCAAGUCUUAAAAUAAUGCAUUGUAAUUUUG